GGCCGCUGUGGACGAGAGGUUGGCGGCGCUCGAGGCGAGAGUGACGUCGGUGGAGGGUGGGCUGCGACGCGUGAGGAGGGGCGUGGGCGAAGUUCGCAAGAGCUGCCACGUCGUCUUUGAGGGGUUCGACAAGGCGGUGGGCGAGGACCUCUGCGAGACCCUCCAGGUGCCGUGGCCGCUGCCGCAGGAAGACUCCCAGGAGUUCCAGGCGCUGGGCGACACGGGUCUGGCUAUCUCCAAGAUAGUCAGUGGCCUGGCCGGCGCGGACGUGCUGGCGCGCGUCUUCGACCGGUCGAGGAACGCGGCCGGCGGCAGGAGCCGAGUCGAGGGCGCCUUUCGGUUGACCCUCCGGUUCGGCGAGGAGCCCCUGUCGGUGCAGGCGGCGCUGGCUUUUUUGGACGGGCCGCUUCGCACGGCAGCGGGCCUUCCCGUUCGCGGGAGGCCUGCGCCGCCGAGAGCGGAGGGGGCCCCUGCCCCGAAGCGCAGGCUGGCGUAC